AUGGAGAACUUCCAGUUAGCCCCAGGGUUGUUUCACACUCAACUCAAUCUGAUCUGGGCAAUCCUUCAUAUCCAUCAAGGGUCGCUUGAAGAAAUUGGAGGACUGCAGUACUAUAUUUCACUGCUUGACAGGGUCAGGCUUGGAGCAGAACACCCAGAUUAUCGCACACUUGUCUCUCUUGCUACCCAAGUCCUCGUUGGUCAUAUACUGCUCUACUGGGAGAUCGUCUCUGGAAUGAGCCUCACAGCUCUUGCAGACAGGAAGUCCACAGCUGAGGAAUUAAAGGUUUUCGCUACAAAAAUCUACCAUACCUAUGUCUCUGCACGUGCAGUUGAGGAUGUCAGCGGACAACCAGACUUGGAGAUGCAGGACAGGGUCCUUCGAAACAUCAUCCCUCUUAACCGUGAUCUUUUAAUCUUCUAUAAGUUGGACCUGGCAAUUGUUACAAUAACAUUUACUCCUAUUUUAUUUUUCUUUUCUCGUAACCAUGCUGCCGACUCUAGACUCAUCUAG